AUGACGAGUCAACCCGUAGUGUCUAAGGUAGCAAUUCCUAGGCUGAAGCGACGAGACGACGAUCGGAAGGCUCCCCAACCAAAAGAAACGAGGAAACCCGAAAGGACAUGUACGGUGGCUUGCAACAGUUGUCGAAAGCGCAAGACUCGUUGCACCGGUCAGCAGCCACACUGCCAGAAUUGCGCGAAUGAAGAUCUGAUCUGCAUCUACACUCCGGAUCGGCAAAACUGCUUAAGAGCGGCCACCUAUCAGAAUAGUCAACUCCUAUCUUUUCUGAGGAAUCUCGGUGCGGACUCUCGAGGUGCACAGAAGCGGAAGAUUGACGAGCUUUUGAACGCGAUCGAAGGUGACGGCCUCGCCACGGCCUCAGCUGGCGUGCCAGAACCGGACAGUAACCAGACUUCUUCCACAGUCUCUGCAAUAACAACUUCCACUGGCCGGAUGACCCGAAUGAACCGGUUGUUGAAGGAAUACAUGCUAGCUGUGAAAAUCAAAAUCGAAGGCAACAGGACAUCUGUAGAUGCAGUCGUUCCACACAGCCUGAUCAACAUCGCUCGCAAGCGUCUCCACAAUAAGCUACAUGUGCAAUCAGACACGCUCGUUAAUCGUGUCAUCGAUCGGACGUUUUUCGAAGAUGCCCUCAAGUACAUGGACCCAUCAGAUCAGGUGGGCCUGCGUUUCUGCUCACCCUUUCUAGUCAAUGCGCUUCUUGCCCUUGCAUGUCUGUACACAACACAAAACGCAACCUUCUGCACUCCUAAUAAUCCCGUCACUAGAGAUGCCGUCUUCGCGAGGGAAGCAGAACGACUUCUUGUCAUUAAGCAAAAGAUUCCUUCUUUGCCUAUAGCACAAGGUCUCGCUGCACUAUAUGUCUACGAGGGAAAUCUAGGCAAGCUUCCAAUGUUUCUGCGUUACAGAGACUACUUCUAUCACGCGCACAAGACGCUUCAGAAGUCUAUACACUCAUAUUGUCGCCACAAACAGAUUAGAAAACCACGUAUACCUAAGUUGUGGCAGGACAAACAAACGUCGCUCUAUCCAAGUAGAAAUACAGCAGAUUAUUGGUGGUUUGCGUAUCCGCUGUCCCUCAACGCACAGGAAUCGAUGAAGGUUGAGAUCUUUAACGCAGAAUGCAGCCUCGCCGAGAUUGUUGAAGAGAUUCUUGACUUCCUAGACCCCUGCAAGGGAGAGGCCCUACCACAUGAGAAUACUACAAGAGCUCGAGACUUGUACCAAAGAGUCUUGGACUUGAAGUACUCCCUCCCAGAACGCCUCCGAGCAGAAGAUGCAGUGCAUCCUGCUGCUAUACUGCUGCAAGCCAAUUUUGACGUUGUCUUGAUCAGCAUUUUGAGUCCUUUCGAUGCGAUCAAAGAGAGCCUUUUCGGAUCCCUCGAUGCAAGAUCAAUCUCUUAUUACCAUGCGAAUAGCAUCAUGUCCAAGCUUUGGACCUUUCGGGCUUUGUACACACUUCAACAUGAGUUUUGGAAUAUCCAGCUCUGCUCGCUAUGCGCUUUCCGCGUACUAUUCGACCUUGACUUCGGUUCUUUGCAAUUGGAUACGUUCACCAAGGCUUGCCAAGGUCUGUAUGAAAUGACUGAGCGAUUCCCGCUUGCUCGUAACGUCUUGGCUUCUCUCCAGUCAGCAAUAGAACUACAAGGACUUCAACUACCGUCUUUUGCUACAAGGCAUCUCUCAAACAAAACAGCAAUAGUGGAGGAAUCUAUCAUGAAAUACACAGUCGUCCCUGUCAGUCUUUCCAUAAGCACUGUUCAUGAAGCAGGGUCAGCCAGGAAGCACGAACAAUUAACGCUUUCGGCAUUGCUUAUGAAGCUCGACUUCAACGUUGGUCCAGACUAA